CAAAAAUGUCCAGGUUUUCCUGCUUUGUAGACAACUGAUUUUAAAUAAAUAAUUUAAAAUUUGACAUCUCUUUUCAGAUAUGUCCACCCCAGCUAGAGAGCCAGUGAUGCAGGCAGCAGGUGCCUCCCAGACUACACCUAGUCCAUGGAGAGUGAAGGAGGAGAAUUACUCUAAUUCUAUGGGUCCACAUUCACAUAAUUUCAAUGUGAAAUUCGGUCUAGAUGUCCGUACCAUUCACUGUGAUCAACCUUGCACAGUGCUGGAGGCAAUAAAAUCAACAAAAAAAUAUAAGGAGCAUAUUACCUGUGCCGAUGGGAACAUUAUUAUUCAGCUGGGUAAAGUGGAUAACGAAUGUAUUGUUGCAACACAUUUCCCUUGUUCUUGUGUGGAGGAGGAUGAGUCUCUGAUCAUAUCCAGUGAAAAAGAGGUCGUAGGGGAACAAUUGACAAAACCGUUUGACAAAAUGAUAUAUCCGAAAGACAGAUAUGUAUUGUUCAAGAUUGAUACAGUGGGAGGGAAAGACACCAAAACAAAGAAGAUUUUUAGAAAUGAGAGUGUCAAACAGUUCAAGUAUCUCUGUGUUUACGCACAGAAGGGGAUGACUGUAGAGGAGGCUCUGAAAAGAGAUGGACGCUUCAUUGAUGACCUUGGCAACUUCGAACUGACUGACAAUGAGAAUCGAGUCAUCACUGAAGGCACACAAAAGGUUGACAACCUGCACAAGAAAAGUUUCAAGGUCUGUCUUCCACGUUGUAAAGGAAAAAAACAUGAAACAGCUGUGACAAGGCGGUUACCGCGAAAAAACCAACCAACACCAGUCUCAGAUGUAGUACAGCAGAGUGGAAUCAGUGUAAAAACAGCACUGGAAAAGACAGGGAGCAGUGUCAACACGGAGGAGAUUUAUGAACGGCUGCGUCAGCAGUUUACAGAACUGAGAAAUUUGAUGGAGAAUAGAUUCCCUGGUGAUUCUUAUCAGGAAGCACUGAACCUCAGGAGGGAAAACUUUGGAAAAAUCCAGCAAUCUUUUAGUGAAGUUCACAGAAUCAGGAAGAUGCUCAAACUGGGGCAGUCAGUUUGCAAACUCAAUGUAAGGGAUGUUUGUGAGGGAACGGGCUUUGUACUGUUUGAUAGUUUUGUCCUGACUAACGCACAUUUAUUUAAAGAUUAUGUCGAAGGAGGAAAACUACAGGAGGGUGUAGAAGUGUUAGCUCUAUUUGGGUAUGAGGAUCCUGAGCCAGAAAGAAAUUACUCUUGCUUUUCUGCUAAGAAAACAUUUGUUGAUUUUGAUGUCGAGCUUGAUUAUGCCAUACUGGAACUUAACCCUGAGGGCCAGUUAUCCAACAAACAAACAACCAACGUAAAGGUACCACAAGGGCUCCUGAGGACAUUUUGUCCACUGCCUCAGAUAGGCGAAGCCUGUAUUAUUGGUCACCCAGCAGGAGGAGUGAAAAAAAUGGAUCCUAUAUGUAUCAUUGAGAAAGAGGGGAGAAGGCAGAAUGUUCAGGACCAUUUAAAUCCGUACAAAGACACCCUGUUAACGCUCAUGUCGAUCCGUCAAAUCAUCAGUAAUCGAGGCAUUGACGACUUAAUGAUGGGUGGAAGUAAAGACGGUGUAGUGACCUACAACACUUUCAUGUAUCACGGUGCUUCAGGCUCCCCGGUGUUUGAUGCCCUUGGCAGAGUUUUUGGUUUGCACACCGCAGGAUAUUGCUAUGGGUUUCCAAAAGAGGAGAGUGUGAUUGAGUAUGCCCAACCUGUGCUUACUAUAUUUAAAAAGUUUGUGGAUAAUCUGAGAGAAAGUGGAAAAAUGUCCCUGUUGGAAAGAGUUAAGAAGGUGGCAGAGCAAAACUCGCACCUUAAAAAAUUGACUCAGGACCCAGACAGCAGCACACCAAUGGAGGUGGAUUGAACACAUUAGACCUUGUUUGUCCAAAACUGAGCCUCCUGUUUUGUCCAGACUCACCAAAUCCAACUUUGUACUUUGGGUAAAAUGGAUGCAAACAUGUAUAUUUUGAUUUUUGCUCAGCCACUGCAUUCAUAACCAUCCGCUGUAAAUAAUUGUCUGCUUUUAUAACAUUGAUAUUGCAUUCAAGCCUCACUGUAGAAGCUGUUAGGUGCACUGUCAUUACAACCAUCUACUGUUAACCUGUUUGUGAAAGCUGCAAUUUCAUAAUCAAGUGUUUUACAUUUACAUUUAGUCAUUUCGCAGACGCUUUUAUCCAAAGUGACGUAAAAAGUAGAGAACAAUCAAGCCAUGAGCAACAGAUACCUAGUGUAACAAUAAAUACUACUUUACAUAAGAAUGUAACUACAGUUUUAGGCUUUGAUACCUAUUUACUUUCAAUUUCUUGCUAUAUUAUCUUUGCAUUACAAUUAACUUUUUUGGGUUCUCCACACUUUUCUGUCAUUGAUUUCCUGUUUUUGCUUUCAUUUAGGCUCACUUUACUGUAUGUUACUGUUCCCCCAUUUAGUCUAAACAGGGGACUGCAACACCGUCUCCACAAAAUAUCCAUGUGUGCUGUAAUUACCUUAUCCUCUCUGUCCUUAUACCACAGAGAAUGACAUUUG